AAAUAAACAGCUAGUCAGUAGUGGCAGAUAACAAAGCUGUGUAAAAGUCAUCGCUCUGCGGCUCGGGGACUAUUACCAAGUUCAAAGUGACGCGAGUGACGCAUCCGGUGCUCCGCAUGUUGUAGAACGUUGUCGCGACACUCCGGAUCGUCCGGAAGGAUUUUCGGCGCUCUUUUUCCAACCAGAACUACACAAGUUUGAUUAGUUAUAUUUUCAACAUAUUUUAAUCCGGAAAAUUUGAAUUUCGUGUUGUGAGUUUAAGAGAUCCACAGAUAUCGAUGAGCCAGAGCGCUCCGUAAGUUUCCGAAGAUAAAAACGACGGUUUGAGGCCAUUUUGUGAUAGUUGGAGAAGAGCAAAUAGCGAAUAAAACUUCGUUAAACGACGUUUAUCUCUUACGUCAAUCGCAAGAUGAGAAGCUUAGAAUCCUCAACGAUCGGUGCUUGGAUGUUAAUUUGUUUGUUCGUGGGACGCCUUAAGGAAGUCACGUCCACGAGCCAGUCGAAAAAACCUCACAUUAUUAUUCUCAUGGCCGAUGAUUUGGGCUGGAACGACGUGAGUUAUCACGGAUCCAAUCAAAUUCCGACCCCGAACAUCGAUGCUCUCGCCUACAACGGCGUUGUUCUCAGCAAUUAUUACUCACAACCCGUCUGCACACCAUCGAGAGCGUCCUUUUUGACGGGGAAAUAUGCAAUUAGAACAGGAUUACAAGGCCCUCCGUUGUCAGCUGGAGAAACCCGAGCAUUGCCCUUAAACUUGACCCUUUUUCCGAAGUAUUUUCAUGAGUUGGGCUACGCGACCAAUCUCAUAGGGAAAUGGCACGUUGGAUAUUACGCCAAAGAAUUCCUGCCGACGAGUCGAGGCUUUGACAGUUUUUUUGGCUACUACAACGGAUACAUGAAAUACUUCAGUUAUAUCCUUGAGAAUAUUAGUGAUCAUUUUCCGGGUUACGAUCUCCACCGCGACGUCGAAAACAACUGCACCGUCGAUUGGGUUCCGAAAAACAUUUACGCGACUGAUUUGUUCACGAACGAAGCCGAAAACGUAAUCGCCAAGCACGAUUCGAAUGUGCCUCUGUUUCUGUUCUUUUCGCAUCUUGCACCCCACUCUUCCGGGUUCGCGGGCGAUCUCGAAGUCCGCGACGUCAAGGAAACCGACGAGAGUUUUCACUACAUUUCCAACCCUCGGAGGAGACUAUACGCAGGAAUGGUGUCAGCGCUCGACGACUCGGUUGGCCGAGUGGUCAAGGCUCUGGGCAAAAAAGGAAUUUUGAACGAUUCGAUUAUUAUUUUCAUCUCGGAUAAUGGCGCAAUGACUCGCGCAAGUCAAGCGAACGAGGGCUCGAAUUAUCCUUAUCGAGGGCAAAAAUUCGCCCUCUACGAAGGAGGCGUCCACGUGCCAGCGUUUAUUUGGGCCCCGAUGAUAAAAAAUGCGUCACGAAUCCAUCGAGGCCAUUUCCACGUGACCGACUGGCUGCCAACGCUCUAUAAACUGGCGGGAGGGGACGUCGACGAUCUUGCGUCGAUCGAUGGUAUCGAUCAGUCGGACUCGAUCGUCAACGGCAGUCCGAGUCCGCGUGACACGAUAUUGCUCAAUAUCGACGAGCUGAAAGACACGAGCGGCGCUAUCAAAGGGCGUUUCAAAUACUUGACUGGAGUUUCUCCUUGGCACGGAGCUUACCUGGGCGAGAACGUGGACGAUGGUGAUUCGGCGGCACCAUCGUACAAUGUCACAUCCGUGACGAGCUCUCUCGUCGCUUUAGCACUCGCCGGUGCAAUCAACGAUUCUGUUAUUUCGGAAGCCAAAAUAUUGGAACUCCGACGUGCUAACAAAGUCGUCUGCGCUCCUCACAGUGACGAACUACUCGAUUGCACGGACACUUGCCUAUUCGAUGUUCUCGCUGAUCCUUGCGAGGCUGCAGAAAUCUCUGAUCAACAUCCCGAGGUCGUCAGGGAAUUGAGAGAGACUGUGAAAAAUUAUAGAAAAGUGUUGCUGCCCCAGCAAAAAAAGGGGGUGGAUCCUCGUUCGCUUCCGGAUUACGAAGGUGGUCCGUGGUUGCCAUGGUUGACCGUCGAUGGUGAACCGUUGCCGCGUCCGUUUCCACGGACCAACAAAAUUUGACGGUGUUUCGCAUACGGAACCGAGACUGUUGGAUCACCGAAUGAGGAUCAUUCUCACUCCAGAUAUGUGCGGCUGCUAAAGAUUGUUCGCUUACUUUUAAAACGUCCUAACAUUGUACAUUCUUCAUUUCCGGUGAUGAAUAAACUUCUCCUGGUUUGGGAAAAAUGUCAA